CCGACGCAGCCCCAAACAGUUUCUUUAGAAACUAUCAGCCUUUAUUCAUAAGAAAAUUAUAAAUUACCAUUAAGCUCCAUUUGUUACCAUUCAUUAGCUUGUGAGACGUUAAAAAUGUUUUGUAAAUAGAAGAAGAAAGAUGAAAAGUUUUUAGAUAGUGUUGCUUUCUACAAUGACACAAUUCAGACGUACGUACAUAACAUCAUUGAACAAAACGUAAUGCAAACGACUCUAUGGAGAUGACUUUGUGCAAAAAUUUCUUGGCAAUCUCUCAUUUUUUAUCUUAGAUUUUUCUACAAGAAAGAGCUUAAUUGAAAUACAGUCAAACUUUAUAACAAGUUAAAACACAUUUUUAAUCAACUCUGAGAGAAUUGACAGUUUAUACUGACUACGCCAAACGUGGAAUUUGUCUGAAGGCGAACUCAGUUCUUAAGUUAAGAAGUUGCUGAUUUACCCAAAAACUUUUAAAGAACUUCGUUAUCCAUAAUAUCAAAUGAACUUUCAUGGCAUCGUUCUAUUUCUAGGUAUCUCUGUUUACUUUUACCAACGUUAAACCGAUGAUCCAAGUCUGUGCUUGUCUUCCUUAAGCAAAACGUCAGUUUCUUUCAAACUAAAGGCGAUCAUUUAACUGAUAUUGUUUUAGAAAAUAGUCUGCCUGGCAUAUGAUAAGGAUAUUAAUACAAAAUUGUUUAUAGGGACUUAUAGCUACUGAUCUCUCUCUUUAUGUAGGGAAGGGAUAUCGCCAAAGCAGCUGAAUUGAUCUCUGUUCUGUUUUCAUGCUCGACUUAUAUUAAGGUUGCAAAACGACAACUUUCCAGUAUCAUCCAGGGUCAGAAAUAUAAUUCCUCUUAUUAAAUGAAGUUGAAUGAAAUAAGUACGUGAAGGAGAAAAAGAUAGGUUACUGUUUCUUUUAUCAUAAAUUAGGCGUUACCUCUUUGCAACGACCCGCCGCAGAACUAAGGUUGCAUUGAAGUUUCGUGAACUUAGCUACGAGAGAAAGACUUGGUUUGAGUUUGUUCUGAUUACGAAUUUUAAUUGUUUUCCUUUUAGGUAUAAUAAUUAUUAAAGCUUGGCUUGAUAUUAUGGGUUUAUGGUAAUCAUCUGAGCUAACCAGUUCCGAGUAACGAAACAGUUACUUCAGGACGUUAACGAGUUUAGAAAGCUGUUAUAACCCUAUGCUACAUAUCGAUUAUGUCUCGGUGGUGGCUUUUUUUGAUAGAGCUUUGGAUAAAACAGGGGGUGGGAUGGGUGAGUGUAUUGUGUCUUGUUUAAAAACAGCUUAAAAAUCCUGUGGUGCCCUUUUAUUAUCCUUACUAUUUGAAUAACACAUCAACCCCAAACCAAGCCUGAAGUGUACUGUAAUUGGUUGACCACAUUUCAAUAGUAAAUAUAAUGUGGGCCAGAUAUUAAUCUGUGUUAAAUUUGUCUUGAAAUUCCUCAACAAUCUACAGUCAUUUUAAUCCGGUGUAAAUUCUGAAUUCAGCUUUUUAAAGUAGUAAAUGUUCCCAACAGGUCCCCUACGUGUUUAAAAGAUUUAAAAGCAUGCAUAAGUAUUUCUUCCCACGCUCUAAAAGUUUCAAUUAGUGUGAUUGUUUUUUUUUUCUUUUCUCUAAAACUACCAAUGAUAGCUGUUUAUUUUGUUAUAUUGUUCUGAUUCUCUCCACUUGAAGCAGUAGGAAAACCAAACCACUUGAACCUCUUACUGGCUGGACUUUUUAGUUGCCCUUUUAGGCAAAAUUUGUUACUUUCUUCCAACGUGCGUAGGUUAAGGCGAGUUAUUAAUCCUGUAUAAAUAUCGACUGUUGGUAAAGUUUUUGGGUAACACUGUUGUACAGGAACCUGACCAAUGGCGGCUACUCCAGCCAAACAAUGGCUGGUUUUGGUGAUUAUCAUAUCAUGUGUUUAUGGAAGUACAACUAUAACUUCACCUUCAACAAUUUACAUUGGGAUGUCCUCAAAUGACUCGAACAGUCAAGCAUGGACUGCAUUUCAACUUGCCCUUAAACACGUGAACGCAAACUCAAGUCUGCUUCCUAACACAUCAUUGAAGUCUUUUGAGGAUCAGCUUUUUAUAAAUCAAGACAACCUGUACGAAAGUGCAUCGAAUAUCUCCAAAGCUAACACUGCCGUAAUAAUUGCAGACUCUCAAACAAUGUUCACACAUGAAACUGUAAGUUCGGUACUGAGAAUUCCCUUAGUAACCACACACAUUGGAAACAGUGCACCUGAUAGAGCAAAACUGUCCAAUUACCUUGUUAGCAUGGCGCCGAGUUCACGUGACAUAACGCAGGCAAUAAUAUCGAUUGUUGUUCAUUAUAAAUGGAUGGGUCUUCUUCUUUUGUAUGAUGUAAGAUGGCGACAUUUAGCUCAUGAUUAUCUGUCGCAGCUACCACCAAAGUUAAGAGUGUCCAAACUUUCUCUCGAGCUGGAUCACCAUGGCAACUCUGAGCAACUGCGUGAAGAAACUAAAAGAAAACUGACCAGAUUCAACGAUUCGCCAACAGAAGCAAUCAUUCUCCUUCUUGAUUAUCGUUGGGCAGAGACUAUUAUAAACCAAGUGCACUGUUCUUGUUCUAUGAAGAUAGAAAAGCCUCACACAUGGCUACUGGCUGAUACGGUUACAACUUCCACCAUGGUGGUUCAAUCAUCGCAAGUGGUACUGGGAUUUCAACCACACAAAUCAAACAAUUACAUGACAGAGCGCUUAGUGUCAGAAAUGCCACCAUCACAGCACAUUAAGGAUUCCUCACGUCUCAUGUAUGACGCUGUUUGGACUGUGGCGCAUGCGCUACAAGCAGUGAUCUCUUCUGAUGGAUGGAGGAAGAGUUCGUCUGACACAUUACACAUCUCACAAAACGGAGAUAUUGUUUUGGAACAACUAAGAAAGGUAAAACUAGCGGGAACAACAGAUCUUAUCCAGUUUAAUGGCUCAGAGUGCAGAAUAAACAGCCGCCUUGACAUCAAAAACCUCCAAGAUAACAAGUUUGUGACGAUCGGACAAUGGAGUUCUUUACAGAACAGCCUCCUUCUCGCCAACAUGCCGCAGCAAAACAAAAAGAUUUCUGGGAUAAUACCACUGGACAAACUCAACAGGCGGCUCAAAGUAGUCGUAGUAGAGGAUGCUCCAUUCGUGAUGGUGAAAAAGGAUGGAGGAUUAGAAGGGUUGAGUAUUGACCUCAUUGACAAAAUAGCUGAGAUGCUUUCCUUCAGAUACGAAAUUUACCAAAGUCCUGAUGGUUUGUAUGGAGGCUGGAAUGAGAGGACAGGUUACACAGGAAUAGUUGGGGAGAUCACUAAAAAUCGCGCAGAUCUUUCAACUUCUCCGCUGACCAUCAACUCUGAGAGACUGGAGGUGCUAGAGUUCAGCAAACCAUUCAUGCAGUUUACGAUGAGUUUAAUUACCAAAAAAGGAGACACUAAUUAUCAAGAUCUCACAACAUUUAUGCUUCCUUACUCCACCACUGUUUGGCUUGUUACACUCGCCUGUCUUCUUUUCGUCACUCUCCUUAUGUACCUGGUCAAUUUCUUCAGUCCCUAUGGACACCGAUCACGGCAUAUACGAAACGGGGAGACUGGGGAAGAGUUUGAUUUCUUCAACAGUUUGUGGUUUUGCCUUGCCUCAAUGUUACAGCAGGGUGCAGAUCACACGCCUAAAUCUUUAUCAGGUCGUGUCUUGGCCGGGUGUUUUUGGUUUUGCAUUCUUAUCUGGAUCUCUACCUACACAGCAAACUUAGCUGCCUUCUUUACAGCGCGCAACAGUGAGAGGCAAGUAAAUUCUCUGGAGGACGUUGUAGAAGGAGAUUAUCCAUUCUAUGUCAUGCGUGAUAGUGCUCUUUACCAGUUCUUUCGUGUUGCUGAGUAUCACACAUAUAGAAAACUCUGGGAACGAAUGAAAGCAACCAACUCUUUCGUUAACAGUACGGCAGAGGGAUAUGACACGGCAAGAUAUGUUCGUAAUGCCGUUUUCAUGGCAGAAAAACCAUCAACAGAAUACGUAAUCAUGCAAAAACCGUGUGAUUUAAGAACAGUGAAUGGACUUGUCAGUGCUGGUAGCUAUGGUAUUGCUUUGCCUAAACAUUCGCCAUAUAUCAGAAACAUAUCUAUGGCCAUAUUAAGGCUACAGGAGACCAGUGUAUUGGACAGUUUGCGGAGAAAAUGGUGGGAAUAUAAGAGUCAGUGUCCCAAGGAAACAACUGGAGCAGCUGUGGGUGUUGGCAAAAGAAUUCAGUUGGAGAACAUGUUGGGUGUGUACUUAGUGCUUGCUGCAGGAGGCUGUCUUUCUGUGCUUCUUGUACUUGCCGAAUUGUGGUGGAGGAAACAUGGUUCUAACUUCAUGGCCAUGUUAAAAUCAAAGUACUCCUUUGUGAGAGAAAAGAGCCCCACAGAAAUCAGCGUUCGGCCCUCAGCAGCCGUAGCAAAGAGCAAUGAAAGGGCCAAACUAAAUAACAGUGAAGGAACACCUUGCUAGAGGGGCAACCAAAGAAGGAAAACUUAUUAAAAUAAAGAUUUAUAUGUAGAGAUAAUAUAUAAAACACAAAAUGGUGAUGAAACACAUU